AUGCCACUAACUUCCAUUUUGGAAGUAGAAUUGUUUGAUGUAUGGGGCAUAGAUUUCAUGGGCCUCUUUCCAUCAUUAGAAGGUCAUCAAUAUAUCCUGGUUGCAGUCGACUAUGUCUCCAAAUGGGUAGAGGCAAUCUCUUGCGUUAAAAACGAUGCAAACACGACGACAAAAUUCUUGAAGAAAAAUAUAUUCACACGGGUUGCGACAACCUACCACCCGCAAACGAACGACCAAGCUGAAAUCUCCAACAGAGAGAUAAAAUCCAUUCUGGAGAAAGUUGUUAGCACGUUUAUAAAAGAUUGGGCACAGCGGCUGGACGAAGCUCUUCGGGCGUAUUGUUCUGCCUACAAAAUGCCCAUUGGGAUGUCUUCGUAUGCGCUCGUAUUUGGGAAAGCUUUCCAUCUACCACUGGAGCUGGAGCAUAAAGCACACUGGGCACUUAAGAAGCUGAACUUAGAUUUAUCCAACGCAGGGGAAGCCAGAAAACUACAACUGAACGAGUUGGCUGAAUGGCGCUUUACCACAUACGAGAAGCCAAGCUCUACAAAAAGCAGACAAAAAGAUGGCAUGAGAACAAAAUCUAUAAGAAAAAUCUAG